AUGAGCGGCAACAACCCCUACGAGGCCCUGCGCCGCGAGGCCUCCGCCCCCGGCACACAGGUCGUGGAGCCGGACGCAAAGGUGCAGACCAUCCCCGCACCCGAGACGGUUGCGCCACCUGCACCCAAGCCCCACAAGCCCGGCAAGCCAGAUGUCAGCAAGGCCCCCGGCGACAUCUCCUAUGCCCAGACCGUGAAGGAGGGUGAGACCAAGACGACCGACACAUCCUCCACCACCGGCAGCAAGCCCUCUGGCGGCGCGGCGCGCAAGAACAAGGCCGGCGAACCCCUGAGCAACGAGCCCAACUUCAACUACGCCCAGAAGCACGCCGAGAAGGCUGGAGAUAAGGCCGGCGAGGCCGCGCAGAAGGGCAAGGAGUCGCUGCACGAGGCGGGCAAGGCUGCCAAGUCUGCGGCGGGCGAGAGCGUGGAGGCCGGCAAGCAAGCGGCGGGCGAGGCGGCGCAGGCUGCGAAGCACAAGGCGCGCGAGGUGGAUGAGGCUGCGGGUGAGGCGCUCGGCCACGCGCGUGAGGCGGCGGGCGAGGCGGCCGACGCCGCGCGCGAGUACGCGGCCGCGGCGCGCGACAAGGUUGCCGAGGCUGGCGACGCCGUGUACGAGCAGGCGGCGCGCGGCGUGGAGUACAUCAAGGAGCACCUGCCCACGGGGCUGGGCGACGCGGCGGCCAGCAAGGCGCGCGAGAUGGCGCCUGAGGACCUGCGCAGGCGCGGAGACCGCGAGGCGCUGGCGGACGGCGAGAAGCCGGGCACCGUGGGCGGGCUGUUUGGCGCCGCCAAGGGCGCUGCCAGCUACGUCGGGGCCAAGGAUGGCGAGCAGGGGCUGGGCGACGCAGCGGCCAGCAAGGCGCGCGACGCCGCACCAGAGGAGCUGGUCCGGCGCGGCGACCGCGAGGCUCUGGCUGACGGCGAGCAGCCGGGCACGCUGGGCGGGCUGUUUGGUGCCGUCAAGGGCGCCGCCGGAUUCGUCAGGGAGCACCUGCCUGGCCAGGGUGGCAGCGCCAAGCAGCCAUACGUCCGCGAGUACCGCGCCGGUCCGGGCGACUUCCACUACGCACAGUUCUCACAGGCUGUGAGGGACAAGCUGGGCGGUGCCGCCGACACCGCAGGGGCCAAGGUCCAUGAGGCUGAGGACAAACUGCGCGAGGCACGCCUGAACCGCCCCACAGAGACCGAGUCGCAGCGCGCGGCGCGCUACGCGACGGGCGACUCCAUCUCCCUGAGCGACACCGCCGUGGAUGCCUACGACUCUGCGCGCCUGCGCUCCGCGCGCAGCCCGGUGGCCGCCGAGACCCGGGACGCGCUGGCCGGCGCCCGCGAGGGCGUGGCCUCGGGGCUGGGCGCCGCCAAGGACCGCACCCUGGACGCCAAGGACAGCCUGGUGUCGGGGCUGGAGACGGCCAAGGACAAGACGGCGGGCGCGGCGCAGGCCGUGGCCGACCGCGUGGCUGGCGCCGCGCACAGCGUCACCGACUCACUGUCGGCUGCUAGCGACAACGCGCGCUGGGCGGUGGAGCACACCAAGGAGCAGGUGCAGAAGAAGGCGGACGAGUGGCAGGCGGAGCUGACGCCCACGACCGAGUCCGAGGCUCGCGUCGCGCGCGGCGAGGUCCCCUCUGACACCCAGUCGCUGCUGGCGGCCAAGGGCCUGGGGGCCGAGGUCUCCCACGCCACCCACAUCAACCGCGCGCAGUGA